UGUACACACUGCAGGGAGACAAUACACUAUAUGAUAGUUCUGUGGCCUUAGGUGUAGUAAUUGUAUGUCACAUGUUUAACUCGUAAUCUCCGCUGUCACUGCAUAUACAGCAUAUACAGGCCAUAAAAUAUGUAACAUAUCAUGGGAUGAAUAUUUAUCAGAUGUAUUUUUUUGGUAUAAUAUUAAAUUAUAUCAGUACCAUGAAGUGAAAGUUAUUGUGAAAGCCCAGAAGAUAGUACUGCUCAGUACUAGGUGUUAUCUGGUAUAUUAUCCAUCUCUGGACAAAUCAACUGCAUUAAAACACUAUUUCCUUCUACAGAAUAGUAUAUUACAGUGAAAAAUUGUUCAGUGGAUGUGUAUGCUGGUGAAUUAGGGAAGCUUGUUUUAGUAUCCCUGGUACAUGCCGGCUGUGACAGAGAUAAGGACUCUAGCCCCCAAGGCAGGGCACCUGUCAACAAUGUGUGACUUGCUUGAUUGAUUGGUCGACGACAGUACAGGACAACACACCAAACAGUUACUGUGCUGGCUAACAGUCACUACUAUCUAUUGGAUUAUUGACAGUUAUCAACAAAAAAAUAAUUUCCUGGGUUAGAGAUUCACCCAGGUAUGUGUUUGUGUUUGCUGUGUAAACAGCUUUGUGGAUAGUGUUCUAACCGGACUACGUGCCUCGACUUUGGCGGUCUUGGGUUCUUUGGUUGCUUUGGAGGAAUCUCUUCAUAUAUAAGUAUGGGAUCUUUAAUGUAGUAUGUGAUGUGUAUAUAAAGCCAGUAGCUAUUACAUGCAGUCGCGUGUCCGUCAACCAUUGGAUUAGUUAAUCCCUUCAACAAUGUCAUAAUUUUCAUGGAGUGUAUUUAUGUUUUCCUUGUGGAUUACCAAAAUGUGAUAAAAAGUAAAACGAGCUGCCCACCGAUUAUUGAAUUACGUGGGGACGAUCACAGACCCAGGGCUCCCUAAGGCCGGAGGAGCAAGAUGAAAAUGUCCUUUGAUAAUUCCACUGAAGUUUUCCAAGUGGAGGAUUCGCUCUCCUUACCUCCAUCUACCCCUCCACCCUACACUCGGCUCCAGGUCCACGAGAACCGCCUGGUCUCUCAGUCCUCCACAGGGUCCUCAGAAAGCAGCCUCAGUCACAUGACCGAAGAGAAGCCUGUGUUACCGGGAGUUACGGUGCGGGCUGCCACCAAGGAGAAUCUAGUGCAGCUUGUUGUACAGAGUAUAGAACCGGAUGGGCGAUUGGUAGGGGGCAGUGAUUUCCUAAGUGUGAUGUUUUUGAUGCAUCAGUGGUUCAUGAGUUCUGAACAGCUAGCCUCUGCUUUCAUUGACUUAUAUCAAUCUAGUGAUGAGACAGUCUCCUGUACCAAACCCAACUGUCAACACAUCCCAGCCAAUGAGGACUGUGAUAUACAGAAAUACAAAUGUCGAAUCUGUCACGCUGUCAGGUUUUGGAUAGACAACUAUCCAAUCCAUUUUGACCUGGAUUUGAGACUGAAGACUGUGAUGAACAAUUUCAGAACCAUUGCUCACUCAGAAGGCAAUGAUGUAUGUAAACAACUGCUGGAUCUGUCUAAAGUUCCUACAUUUGAUUGGAUGAGAAGAAUCUCUGUCAGACCAAGCAAACACAACAGAAAGGUGUCCCUUGUAUUUAACCAUUUAGAGCCAAUGGAGUUAGCCGAGCAUUUGUCAUAUCUAGAAUACAAAGCAUUCCGCAGGAUAAACUUUACUGAUUUUAAAAACUAUGCAAUGUCGGGUUCCAUUAAGGACAACCCAAAACUGGAGCGGUCCAUCGCAUUGUUCAAUGGACUGUCGCAGUGGAUACAGUGUAUGGUGCUCAGCAAGACUACGCCACAACAAAGAGCCGACGUCAUCGUCAAAUUUGUUAAUGUUGCUAAGAAACUGAGGCUGUUGAACAACUUCAACACUUUGAUGUCGGUGGUAGGGGGGUUAACUCACAGUGCUCUGGCCAGGCUGUCCAAAACUAACCAGGAAAUCCCUAGUGAUACUCAGAAGACACUGAUGGAGUUCACUGACCUUCUCUCCUCUAAUAACAACUUCAGCAACUAUCGCAAAGUCUUCAACCAGAUCAAGUCCACAGAGUUCAAAAUUCCUAUACUAGCUGUCCACCUGAGGGACCUGAUUCUCCUACACACAGCUUUACCAGAUCAAGUCGAGGGAAAUCUGAUCAAUUUCAGGAAAAUGGUCCAGCUUUCCCAAACACUGAAGGAACUGACCAAACUUCAGCUGCACGAUGUCAUUCCAUUCACUGCUAAUGUGGACCUUGUCAACACACUCAGGUUAUCACUUGAUCUGCACUACACAGAAGAUGAAAUUUAUGAACUUUCCCUGGCACGAGAACCGAGAAAUUCCUUAUCAUCUGUCAGUGAAACACCGUCCACCCCAACCAAGCCAGCAGUGGUGUUUGCUGAAUGGCUAGCAGGAGUUAGUCCCCCUGAUCCAAACACAAUUAACAAACAUGUUCAAAAUAUGGUUGAGGCUGUGUUUAAAAAUUACGAUCAUGACAAGGACGGAUUUAUCUCCCAUGAUGAGUUUAAAGCCAUCGCCGGAAAUUUCCCCUUCAUUGACUCAUUCUGUGUUCUGGAUGCUGACCAGGAUGGCAUGAUCAGCAAAGCUGAGAUGAAGACCUACUUCUUCAAAGCCAAUUGCCAUGUGUUACAGAACAGUUUUAAGCAUGAUUUCCAUGAGACUACAUACCUAAAACCCACAUUCUGUAGCCACUGUACAGGGCUGUUAUGGGGUUUGAUCAAGCAAGGCUGGAAAUGCAAAGAUUGUGGUAUUAAUGCUCAUAAACAUUGUAAAGACUUGGUUGUGAUGGAGUGUCGGAACAAACAACAGGCAGCAGGAAACAAACGGCCAGAAUUACCAAACGGCCCAUCUUCACACGAGGUAGGAACCUACCCGGGACGAAGGAAAGCUUCACAGCGACAGAAGAGGUCACGUGUCAGUGUUGGAACACAGACAGAGGAAGUGUAUUUCACAGACCUCCGUCCCUCAAACAUGAACGGGGACGAGGAUUUUUACGAAGGUCAAGAAGACGUCUUCACACGGCUGGCCCAGACGGAUGAGGCCAGGGACAAGUUGAUGGCAGAGAAUGCAAAACUGAAGGAACUCUUGGAAGCUAGUAAUGAACAAAAUGCUGUCCUGAAGUCUCAUUUGGGACUGAUUCGUAAAAACACCAUAGCAUUUAUAUUGGAACAGAUGGAUGCCCUCCAUAUACAGCGCGACACCGAGGUGUAGCUGGGCAGGACCCAGCCCCACCUACCAAAACCUAUGAUCCACCCCCUGUGUUCACACAGUGAAUCUUCAAUGGUAGACAUUCCAAAGCUUGUACACAAAGAACUGUAAACUGGCAAACUGGAGGAUCCUGUCUUGUGUUAUAGUACAGCUUUAUUGUUAUUUAUGUUUUAUACAUAAAAUGUUCUCAUAGAUUUGACCAAAUGAUCAAUGUUUAUUCUGAUCAGAACUCAGAUCCUUGGCUUAACAUUCCAUUGCAAGACUAUUUGUACAGUAGGCAAGGAGAGUUUGAUUGGACUUGAACAAAGUGUGGACAUUUGAUAGCUGCAAAAAACAAUGAGAAAAAAUAUUCUCCAACAUUUCAAAGUGUGUUCUAAGUCAAACCUUGAAGUCUUUCAGAUACAUUAUGAGUGUAAGGCAGAUUUUGUGUCCUGGGAUUCAUAAUGUCUUGGUAUUUCACGUGCAUUCUCUAGAAGGUAUCAGAACCAAUGAAUGUGCAGCAUAAUGGAGAAUACAGGUCUGAUGGACACUGAUUGGUGACCAGUAUCAUUACCCAUGAUCCUCAGCAGAUCAUGUUACCCCCUCAGCUACCAGUGUUGUGCCAUACAGUUAACCUACAUACCACCACAUUUAUUCUGCUAUUUGGAUCAAGCUCAUAAAAUAAACCACAGAUCUGAUUAUUUUACCAACACUGUAUCUUGUUAAUUUGUAUCAUACAAUCCGGUCACCAGUGAUGAGGAAUUUUAUUAUUAUUAUUAAAUCAACUCUACGUUUUCUUUAGAUAAUCAGCAUUUUGAUUAUAUUUUUUCCUUACAUGAUUUUGCUAAUAUCAAACAAAUUUCUGUGAAUAAUUUAGAUAUAUGGCAUUGUUUGAAACUUUUGAACAAUCAGAUUAUGUUGUUAUCUCUGAAGUUUUUGUUAUUGAACAAUUCCACAGUAUAUGUGCAUGUACACCAAUUUCCUAUUUGUUUUAUUAAGAUUUCGAAAAACCAUUUUAAAAAACUUUUCUUAAGCUUAUAUAUAAUAUAAGAGCUUUCUAAAUAUGGAAAAGGCUGUCAGUUAUACUACAUGCCCCAAGUAAGGGAAGAACAAGUUUAUGUAACCAAAAAAGAUCAAAAACCUUAGCUAGAUGAACACUUCCCUUAAACUUUUUUGGAAAUCAUUGCAUUAAAAUAAACUUGAAUUUUUCCAAGAUUUAUAAAGAAUACACAAAAGAUUUUUUUUUUAUUGUGUUAGAUUUUUUUUUAAGAGAUAGUAUAUUUCCAAUGUCCUUUUAGACAUUUGUUAUACUUACAAUCAAAGAUCUGGUCUCUCCAUAAUAUAUUUUUAUUGUUUGUUUGUUUUGUUUUUAUUUUUUGUGGCCCCUGACUUGUUGCCAAUUCUUUCCCCCUUCUUCCGUAGAGGUCUUAUUUUCGCUGAUCCUAUUUUAUACUAAUCCUCAUUUUACUUCUUUGUUUUACUUUCUGAAAAAGUGCACCACAAUCAUGAUAUAAUAUACAUGUAUUUAGAUACUCAUAUGCUACAAAAGUAAGGAUUCUUUACUAAAUUUGAAGGUAUAUAUGAACCAAAUAAUAAAACCUUUGAAAGUUCACUUGAAAAUCAAUCCUGACACAUCAAGUGUUUGUAAAACCAGAAGCUUUUUGUUGUUUACUCUUAUUUAAGCUACACCAUUAAGGCAAACAAAUCAUAUCACUUCAAGAUUACAAAAUAAACAACAUGGAAGUUAACUACAACAUUCAAGGAAAUGUUAGUAUCCAGGAUAUGUCUAAAUUACAUGUAGGUUUGUCCUCCAAGGAAAUGUCUAUAAACUACAUUUUCAAUUAUGUCACUCAUAACCAUGUGUAGGUGUGUCUAUCAAGGAUGUGUGAAAACUACGUAUAUGUAUUUCUAUCCAGGAAACAUAUAGCUUUACUAUAUGUAGGUAUGUCUAUCCAGAUUAUGUCGAAAUACAUUAAGAAAAUGUCUAUUCAAGAUAUAUUUGAACAUGUAGAAAUGUUUAUCCAGACUAUUGAGUCUAAAUGUAGCAGUGUCUAUCCAGGAUAUGUCUAAAUAUUUAGGAAUAUCUAUCCAGGAUAAGUCAAAACUACAUAUAUUUAAGCAUGACUAUCCAGGGUAUGUCAAAAUACAUAUACCAGGGUAGAUACAUCCAUUCAGGACACAGGCUCCAAAAUCGCUUGAGUUUUAUAUCGGUAUAUACUAGGGGGCCAAAAAUUCAAGUGAGUUUGGUAUCUGUGAUUCAGGAUAUAUUUAAAUUAUUUGUUGGUAUGAAAGAAAAUUAUGUACAUAUCAUCACUUGUAACAUAAAUGGCACUUUGGAAAGAGAGCUUACUGACUGUAUGCAAUUACCAGAUAAAUAUGUACUGAGAAAUAUAUUUAUUGAAAGAAUUGUCUCAAUGAUCUUAAAUCUAUACUGAUUUUUUUUAAAGGAUUAUGUGACUCAUGAAUUAUUUCAGACUCCAUUUUAACCAAAUUACUGUAGUGCUUAAACGACCUCAGAGUAUUCUUGUUGUUUUUUUCAGUUUGCUCAAAUUAACAUACAUAGUAAAAGUCAGAGUGUAGUUGAAGCAAAAAUAUUCAUUAUUUAAGUGUAGAUCAAGUAUUAUUUGGUAUAACUUAAUUUAUUUUUCUGUAAAUCCUUUGUGAGAUUGUUUCAACACAGAAUUCAAAUAUACCUGAAUAAUAAUGAAAAAUCAUUCAUUGCUGAUGGUUAAUAAGAAAACAUAAUUAACCCUUAACCGGAACAUCAUGCAAAAAGCAAGUGAUUUACAGUACAUGUAUAUAGUUUAAAUGCUUGAAAACCCUGUGCAAUAUUUUUUUUGUUUUUCAACAAAUCAUAUUCAAACAAGCUUAAAGUUAGUAUAUUAACAAUAAAAAAAAAUAACAAAAAGGAAUUCUAAUCUUUCAAGUUAGACAAGUGUUAUUUCAUUGUUUAAGAUUUGACUAUCAUAAGUUUAAUUUAUUAUAAAAAUUUUCAUCUGAGAAGAUAUGUGCAAAUACAUGUACUAGGUAGCAAACACAGACUUUCUUGAUGAAAAAAGAUGCACAUUUCUGAAACAUUUUAAAAGAAUUUUUAUUGAGCUGUAGAAAUUAUUUUGAGUUUUUACUUAUCUUUUGGUUAUCACAGGUUCAGUUGGAUAUGGUAAGAAGAUAUUACAUUUGUAUUUAAAUAAUUUAUUUUCUUUAAAAACCACUUUCUGUAAAAUUUGAUUUUAUCUUCAACAACUGCUCUAUUUCUAUUGACAUUGUGGCCUAUAAAUAAACCCAAUCCUUUUUACAGGUGUGUGUGAGGAGAGUUACUGCCAAACCAUUAGCAUGUUCUCUUGUGGUUUGUGAAAUCUGUGUAGAUUCUCCAGACCUGUAAUCAGUAUAUUACUAUGUAAUACCCGUUCUCCCGUUUCAUUAGGACCUGCUCUAGGUAGAGCCAUGAUACUUUUAUUUUUGUACUAUUUUCAGUGUACCAGUACAGGAAGUCUGGGUGUUGUCAUAAAAACACCAGUAUUGUAUUUUCUUUAAUUCAAUUAUUUAUUCAUUUUCACUGGUGAUCAAAAACCCUGUUACACAUUAUAUACAGCAUAGGGUCUGUUUGUUGUGAGAAAAGAUUAAUAAAACAUUAAACUUU